CUGGUUCUGUGAGAGAUGGAGAAAAAAAAACACGAAACAUCAGGGGACGGCACAGGAAGGAAACUACACAACUGUCACUGUGACAAAGUGAAAGAUCAGAAGAUAAACACAUUACAACACAAAGUCUCAAGGCUCUUUGGAAGAAACAUUUAUCAAGGACAUUUUUUCAAGGCGGGGGCUGUGUGCAGCCACCUUACUUCCGGUUGCACAGUCCCAGCAGCUAGCAUCUCCUCGAGUCAACCUCCAGAGGAGAAGAUGAAGAAACGCGUGUUUAGAUGUGUGGAGUGUAACGAGGGGGCGACGGAGCUGCACCGGGACUACAGUAACGGCAUCCUGAAGAUCACCAUAUGUGAGUCCUGCAAAAAGCCAGUGGACAAGUACAUAGAGUAUGACCCGGUCGUCAUCUUGAUUGACGCCAUCUUGUGCAAGACGCAGGCGUUCAGACACAUUUUGUUCAACACCAACUUGGACAUCCACUGGAAGUUGUGUGUGUUCUGCCUGCUGUGUGAGGCGUACCUCCGGUGGUCUCAGCUCCACGGCUCCGAGCAGAGCAGCGACCCGGCCGACAUCAUACGCUACACCAAGGAGUGGGAGUUCUACGGCUUGUUUGGAUUGGCCGCCCUCGAGCUGUCGGCGUUCUGCGGCAGCGUGCUGCUCUUCCUCUGGGCGGUGGUGACUCGUCUGCAGGGCGGGAGCCUGGAGCUGCGCCUCCUCGUCCGAGCUCUGCUGCUCUCCUGCUACGGGAAGGUCCUCCUCGUCCCCGCCGUCAUCUGGGAGCACGACUUCUCCCCGCUCUGCCUCGGCCUCAUCAAACUGUUUGUGCUCACUUCCAACUCGCAGGCUAUCAGAGUGAUCCUGAACAGCAGCAGACGUCUGUCACUGAUGGCUGUGUGUUUAGGCGUGCUGUCAGAGACCUGCGUGGCUCAGGCCUGUAAAAAGCUUUCAUGGAGCCUCCAGGAGAUGUUGACAGACUGAGACUGAAGUCAAUGAUCUCAGGGAAGGACACGUGAUCGUCGAGCUGUGACAGAAUGAAACAAACCUUCAGCAUCGGUUCCUGUGAAGCAGAGACGGAUGCAGACGCCUUAAUGAAGUGGCGACAGGUUGAAGCUGCUCAGUCGGAGAUGAAGAGGAGCAGAAGAUAUUUAUUUCUCAGGAUACAUUGAGUGCAGAUAUUUGAACUGGCAGACUGAAAAGGUGCUGAAUCCUUAAUCUUGUUUUUAAAGUUUUUAAGCGGACAAUGAAUCAUAUUAAGAUCCCAGUGUGUUUGUUAUGUAUUACUUUGUGUGGACAGCCGUGGAGAGGAGCUAGGACAUGAGGAGCGUCCCAUGAUCUCCAUUACUGUUAAACAUGCUCUAACUCCUGGGUCACUUAAACAAAGAGCCUGAGGUUGUUAAUGGACUCUAAGUAGUUCUGUGUGUGGACAGGACGCUCUUCACAUUCUUUAGCUCAUUGGUGAAAUUCUCACAUUCACUCACACACACACAAGAUAAAUGUUGAUACUUCGGGUUAGUAAAGAAAACCUGUUGACUUUUGUCUUAUUUAACUUUUGUAAAUGAGCUAAUGAGCCAAAACAAACACCAGAAUGGACACACAACAGCCAAUAAAUUAGAAUUAACAUGUUAAGAACACGCCAAAGCGGCACACGCAACAAAACCUCACGUUUGACAACUGAUUAGAAUCUUACCAGACGUCUGAUUUACAAUAACCAUGAUGAAACAUGUUGAUUAGCUUCAAACGUCUCCACCCACCAGCCCUGGAAUGUGGAUCAUGUGUCUGUCCACAGAACAGAUGUCCGAAGCACAAAGUGUUUGUGGAAUGAGGAGAAUUUACUCACUUCAGCUGGAAUGUGACAGCUGAGCUUGUCUCGACUCCCACACGUCUCUGCAGGAGUCAUGAAGUUGUUAUGAACUGAGGCACAUGUGACGAGAGGCCGAAUUUCUACCGGACAAAAACAUCUGCUGCUGCUGAUGGAGAUAAAAGGAAGAGACAGAUUCAGUGGAAUCUGCUGCAGGCGUCGUGGAUAUAUCAUUAACUCUGACACUUUGUCCUAACGACCAAAAACGAAUGCACUGUUCUGUUGCUGCUGUAGAUUGUGAGUGAGUCGUGUCCUUCAUCCCCUGAAGGGUCACAGAGAGAAUUAUCACUGAUGACUAUUACCUCACAAUGCUGUUCCUCUUCCCUUGGGCAAUAUGUUUUGCAUACACUUUAAUAAUUGUCCUUGUCCUCACACUACGGGCUGAAGCGUUAGUAUUUCAGCUCAGCUUCUCUGAGUGCGACGCCCCAGUAAGGAUCAUCUAAUUCAAGUUUUAUUUGAACUGGGCAUUUAGUCUUCAGAUGUUGUCUGUGGAGCCCAUGAAGGGUCUAAUGUCUAACUGAGACCCUUCAGGGGCCCAGAACCAUAAAGUCAGAAAGCUGUGCUGAAAGAAUAACAUCCUCUCAAACUGACCUUUAAAUAAAAGAGGCGGCCAGUCUUUCACUUCUUCAUGUGAAUUAUACUUUAACAAUGAAUUUAUUUAGCAGAGAACCAGAUUGUUUUGUAUUUUUCUACUUUUUGUUUUUCAAAUGUGCAGAGAGAUAUGAUAUUAUAAUAGCUGUGGCUUUCUGUCAAAGACCAGCUCUCGACAUUUGGGUGCGACACGUGUUCCUGUGAUGAAUUAUGUAAAACGACUCCACAGUCUGCAGAGAAACAGAUAAAUGUUGCAGCAUGUGCAGCCGGCGCCGUCUGUCACUCACAAGAUAUGAAAGGAGAAAUUCAAAAUGUUUGCACUUUAACACAGCGGCUCAGGGUUGUGAUGUGAUUUUGUGUUUGCGUGUGCUGCCUCUGCAUAUGGAUACAUGUUAUUACAGGUCUGAAUAGUUGAGGAUACAGCACAUGAACGUGGAAUGUGUCCUCGCCCUGGGUGGAUCUGUAACAGAGUCUCUGUGGAAAUCAACAACAUCUCAAUGAGGAAAAACAAAGAUCUAAAGCUUGGAUUCGUUAAAUCGAUGCACAAGUGUAAAUAAACAUGAUAAUUAUG